AACAAACCUGUAUUUCAAAUUGUUUGAUCAAUGGAUUAUACAUACAAUUAACAUCUUCUCGUGGAAUAUUAAAAAUUUAGUGAACAUCGUAUUAAAACAUUCAUUUUUAUUCACAUCGCUUUGUACUAAAUUAAAAUGGCUACCAUACAAGAAGAAGUAAAAAAUUUUAUUCGACGAGCUGUUAUUACAACAGACCCGCAAAAAGCUGUCACGGAAUAUUUCUUCUCGAAGCAAAAAGAUCGUGAUAUUAAGUAAUGUAACAAAGAAACUAUUUCAUAUAAUCAAUUUGCGAUACAUUACAAGUAUAUUCUUUGCAUUCUUUUAUUUUCAGUUCGAUAACAAUUAGGAAACUGAUGUAAAAUUUUAUGAAAAAGGUUGUCAAAGUAUCUUAUUUUUAUGCUUUUUCUUUAUAUAAUUAAAAAAAAGCUAACAUUUCCAAAGAUAUGUGAGUUUUGUCUUUUAUGUAUUAGAAAGUAUCCUGAAUGGGAUAAGCCAAGAGUUUACCCGGCAUUAGAAGUAGUUAGAGCGCGUUGUGAGUUAGCAAAAACCGAAGAGAGAUUACGUGCAAAAUGGGUCGAACAAGAGAAAAAGCGGAAAUUCAUGGACGAGCAAUGGGACGAGAUGAGACGUCAGGAAUUGUUUCUCCGAGAAUCAUUUAUAAAAUUCAACAGAUUCGUGAGGGAAAAUCAAGAAAAACGCGAUCGCGCGGAUAGCAAAAUUAAAGAAGAACGCGAUCGUCAAGCAAGUAGGAUGGAAGAAAUAAAAGAACUCGAAGAAAAAUUAAGUUACAUGAAUGAUGUUCGAGAUAGGAUGAAGAAAUAUGUAAAAGAAUAUAAAAAAUAUCAUGAUUAUUUAGACAGGGUCAUUGUCGAAACAGGCGAAUUUCAUUCGAUUUUUGAGAUUUUUAAUCGUUACGAAACUUUAAUCGAAGCACGAACGAUUUUGUCCGAGCAUCAGGAUAAAAAUCUCGAGAUAUUAGAAGAAAGGGGAACAGAAAUGCAUCAUAUGACAGAGGCAAAGUCACAAAAAAUUAUGGGGUUGAAUAGUAAAUUAGCGCAACUACAAGCAAGACGCGAUUGGGCAGAAGUACAAGCUCGUAAAUGGGAAACAAUCGUGGCUGAAAUAAAAGUAACUGCAGCGGAGAAAAAUUUGGAGCACAUGCAAGUAAAAACGUGUUGCUGGAAUCUAUAUCAACAGAUCUGCAAGAGAAAGGAUAUUCCCGUGACUGUAAGCAAAGAUGACGUCGAGCAACAGUUAAAUCAUAUUAAACGAACCAUUCUUGAAUUAAAACGAAUCAUAAGAGUUGCAAAAAAACGCGCAGCGAAAUAAGAGAAUCGUUUUACUUGAAAUUACUUGUCCAGCUACUGUAAAUAAAUAUUCUAAAGAAAUUAAAUAUAUAUAUAUAUAUA